CAACGACAAAUGGAAAUGUUGAAAUUAGUGUUGGUAUCGAUUUUAUUUAAUUUAACUUCGGGUAAACAAGGUUUUGGUCCAACCGAUCAAGAAUGGGGAUAUUCCAUGGUUAGAAAAGGUUCUUACAUGUUUUGGUGGUUACAUUAUACCACGGCUAAUGUUUCGAAUCCCACGGAAAGACCUUUGAUCAUUUGGUUACAAGGCGGACCUGGUGGUUCUUCAACUGGUUACGGUAAUUUCGCCGAAUUAGGACCAUUAGAUCUGGAAUUAAAACCACGAAAUACCACGUGGGUUCAAUGGGCUAACGUAUUAUUCGUUGAUAAUCCAGUUGGAACUGGAUUUAGUUACAUCGAUGAGGAAGGUUCUUUUACGGAAAACAAUACACAGAUAGCGCAAGAUUUUUUGGUUUUUUUAAAAGAUUUUUAUGAAAGAUUACCGCAAUUCAAAAAAGUACCUUUAUAUAUAUUUUGCGAGUCAUAUGGUGGAAAAAUGACACCAGAAAUAGCUUUAUCAAUAUAUAAUGCUGAAAAAAAUGGAGAUAUUGAUUCGAAUCUUCGAGGAAUAGGUUUGGGAGAUUCGUCGGUGUCCCCAGUUGAUUCCGUAUUAAUGUACGCACCUUAUUUAUUGAAUUUGGGAAUUAUUGACGACGAUGGCUACGAUGCUAUAAUGGAACUAGCAUAUGCAGUUAAAGAUGCUGUAGAUAACGAGAAUUUUGAUGAAGCUUUCGAUUUAUCUAACCUUGUAGCAGCUAAAAUAGACGAAAAAAGUUAUAACGUAGAUUUUUACAACGUAUUAUCAAAGAAAACCUCAUCCACUAAGAAGAUAGAAUCAUAUCAUCUGGGAGACGCUCUUGAUGAUAUUAUGAACAGGAAAGUAGCUCCGGCUUUAAAUUUAACUCAUCAGUGGCAGUUUUUGAACUACGAUGUAAAUUCAGCUUUAAAAUUGGAUAUUAUGAAAGCAGUUCCUUAUCUCGUAGAAAAAUUAUUGAAUUCUACUGAUAUUAAAGUAGCUGUUUAUAAUGGCCAAUUAGAUCUAAUUGUCGAUACACCAGGUCAAGUAAAUUGGGUUAAAAAGAUGAAUUUCGAAAAUAAACAUUUGUGGGAACAAGCUGAACGUUUACCUUUCCAUAUCGAAGGAUUUAUGGAAGGAUACGUUAAAAAAUACGAUAAAUUCGCUUUUUAUUGGGUGAAUAACGCCGGACAUAUGGUUCCAGCGGAUAAUCCAUCAGCUAUGGAAUAUAUUUUGAGAGACGUUACAAAUAAUUUCGAAAUAUCUGAAUCUGUAUUAGAUAAAAAAAAAUCAUACAAACGAACGCAGUAUGUUAAAUUUAUAACAACCAGUCUGUUUGAUGAAAACAUGUUGAGUGAAAUUACUAUUAUGUUUUUGUUCAAGAUAAUAAUCGUUACAGGCGAUCAAGGAUUUGGUCCUUAUGUACAAGAUUGGGGUUUCAUUGAAGUGCGAGACAGAGCUCAUAUGUUUUGGUGGCUGUUUCAUACCACAGCCAAUGUAUCAAAAUCAACAGAUAGACCGUUAAUAAUUUGGUUACAAGGUGGACCUGGAGCGUCUUCGACAGCGUACGGAAAUUUCGGCGAAAUAGGACCUUUGGAUACCGAUUUAAAUUAUAGGAAUUCAACUUGGAUUCGGUUCGCUAAUUUGUUAUUUGUUGAUAAUCCCGUAGGAACAGGUUUUAGUUACGUGGAAAACGGAGAUUUGUAUACGAGGACGAAUACGGAAAUCGCGCAGGAUUUUUUAAUUUUUUUGAUAAAAUUCUUCGAAAAACUACCGCAAUAUCAACAAGUUCCCACGUAUAUUUUUUCUGAAUCUUAUGGUGGGAAAAUGGCCGUAGAAAUAGCUCUUGUUUUAGCUAAAACAAACGAAAAUCGUAAAAUCAAACUAAAUUUCAAAGGUGUUGUUUUGGGAGAUUCGUGGAUAUCCCCUGUAGAUUUUGUUAUGACUUGGCCUAAGUAUUUAUUAAAUUUGGGUUUUGUAGAUAAUGAUGGUUAUGAAGAUAUUAUGGAAGCUGCUUUCAAAGUAGAAAAAUCUAUUAGACAAGAAAAUUAUACUGAAGCUUUUAUAAAUUGGAGGCAAACUCAAAAUUUAAUUGAAGCAGUCACUGGAGGUGUCGAUUUUUAUAAUGUACUUAAUAUCGAACAUCAAAUAAAUAGAACCAAAUUGUUCAAUAUAAUGGAUAAAGUGAAAAUCGCCCUCAAUCUUUCCGUAAAAUGGAACGAAGGAUCUUCAGUGUUUUCAAAACUAAUAGAAGAUUUCAUGAAACCUGUAACUCAUAUCGUAGAAGAAAUUCUGAAUACUACACAUUUUAAAGUGGCCGUAUAUAAUGGACAAUUAGAUUUGAUAGUCGAUACACCCGGUACAUUAAAAUGGAUUAGGAAUUUAAACUAUAAAGAUAAAAAUAAAUGGGAAAAAACAACUAGAUCAUCAUUUUUUAUAAAUAAACGUCUUGAAGGAUACGUCAAAAAAUAUGAAAAUUUCUCUUUCUAUUGGAUUAAUAGAGCUGGACAUAUGGUACCUUUAGAUAAUCCUGCAGCUAUGCGUUAUAUACUAGAAGACGUUACUGAUCAUUUCCAAACUUAAUUAUAGUAGUUACGAAUAUUAUUACCUGGACUAUACAAUUAAUACAGUUUUGUAUCCAAAAAAAGUAUCUUCAAUUUCGAAUAGUAAAAAAACGGAACGACUCGCUCAAAAAAAAAUAAAAUGUUAUCCAAUUCAGAUUAUAGGAAGUUAUAUGCGCGAUGGUAACAGCAGAAAAUAUGUUUCAGAGCAUAUGUAAUAUUAAAAACACUCAAAGUAAUGGAUAUACAUUUAUGCAUAUUUAUAACCAAGACACUUCUGUUUGUGAAUUGUUGUUUUAUUUGUAAGGACUGAGAAUAAUGGUUGGGAGUUUGGAAAUCGUUUUGGAAAUCAACCCAGUGCCGUCGUACUAUAUUUUACAUUCGAAAAUUUAUAGUUUGUUCAACAGAAUAUACAGGGUGUCUCAAGACGAGUUAAAACUAUGUGUAUAUGGCAAAAAUCUUGAACAUUUCUACGUUUGGGUCUAUAACUUUGUUAUUUCAAAUAAAACACCCUGUAUAUUAAUACAUAUUUGAAAUCUACGUGAAAUUUUAGUAUACUUUUGUUUAAAAACUUUAUUCGAAAAAUGCAUACUUUUUGAGUUAUUAAUUCUUUUAUAAGAAAAUUAAACUAUUGCAGACCCUUAUAAAUUAUUAUUUUACGAAGAUACCCUUAAAGAUAUGAAAAUGGUUUCUACUCAGUUCUCUUAGGCAAAAUCAUACGUUAUUAAAUCUAUGUUGGAACAUUUUUCAUUUUAUACAGGGUGUGUAUAAAAAGUGUUUAAAAUUUAACUUGAUAAAUAUCAAAUUUCUUUAUUUUUUUAAAUAAAACACCCUGUAUAUUAAUACAUUUUUGAAAUCUACGUAAUAUUUUAGUAUACUUUUGUCUAGGAACUUUUUUCGAAAAAUGGAUACUUUUUGAGUUAUUAAUUCUUUUAUAAGAAAAUUAAACUAUUGCAGACCCUUAUAGAUAAUUUUUUUACUUGGAUACCCUCAAAGAUAUGAAAAUGGUUUCUAUUCGGUUGUUUUAGGAAAAAUCAGACGUAUUUGAAUCUAUGCUGGAAUAUUUUUCAUUUUAUACAGGGUGUGUAUAAAAAGUGUUUAAAGUUUAACUUCAUAAAUAUCAAAUUUAUUUAUUUUUUUUAAUAGAACCACCCGGUUUUUUCUAUUUUCGUGCAUUCAGGGUUGAAAAAUCAGUAUAUUUUCCUAUACUUAAACCGUUAUCCAGAUAUUAAAUAUUUCCUGUAAAUUUUUAGAGAUGCAGGUAUGGUCUAAAUUUUAUUUUGAUACAAGCACUAAGAAAUAAAAAGGUAAUUUUAUUGAUCUUGUCAAGGUCUAUGGAAAAAAUCGGAUAAAAUUCAUUCACUAGUCCUAUUCCAGCAUAAAUGCAUUAAAAUAGGAAAAAUCAGGUGGUUUAAUUAAAAAAAAAAAUGAAAAAAAUUGAUAUUUAUGAAGUUAAACUUUAAACACUUUUUAUAUACACCCUGUAUAAAAUGUAAAAUUUUUCAACAUAGAUUCAAAUACGUCCGAUUUUGUCUAAAACAACCGAACAAAAGCCAUUUUUAUAUUUUUAAAAAUAAAGUCGUAAAAAAAUAAUUUAUAAGAGUGUGCAACGGUCGAAUUUUUUUCAAAAAAAUCAAUAACUCAAAAAGUAUGCAUUUUUCGAAAAAAGUUUUUAGUCAAAAGAUAUAAGAUUACACGUAGACUUCAAAAAUGUAUUAAUAUACUGGGCGUUUUAUUUAAAAUAACAAAGUUACAGUCGAAUUUAUGAUUUAACUGUAAAUAUUUUGUCAUAUACAGAUAGUUUUAACUCGUCUUGGGACACCCUGUAUAUGAAAAACGAUUCGAUUCAGUGAAACAUUUAAUAAGAUUACAAAAUUGUUCAAUAUUAAUAUAAUUCACCAAGUUUUGACAUGUGGAAAUACUGUUGGAAAAAUAUCAAAUCUGGGGUCACAUAUAUUCCCUUCCAAAGGAUCUAAUUCUGAAGAACCAAGUGUUUACACCUGAUCUAUCCUUUUAAAAAAUCUAGAAUGUGCGAUUGCUUUUAUAACCAGAAAUUUUCGUCUUCUAUUUCAAGGUCCCCCAGGUGUAGAGCUUCAGACUUUUACACUUCAAGAGAAUGUGGAUAGAGAUGCACCAAUACCUGUAAGCUGCAUUAUCUGUCAAGUCUAGAGGCUUCAGGAUGACAGUGCUCCAAUAGAACUCUUAUUAAAUCGAUACUUCCAGCAGAUCUACUCUGCUUAUAGUUCCCAGGAAGAGUUUUGGCCUGUCUUAGUCCUUGUAAUUUAUCCCAAUAAUUGGUUUUGAUCUAACAUCUUUUCCAGUGCUUUUUGCAUCUGCUUUUACAGUUUGAGGUGGAAUUUUUCUCAAAACUAACCUUUUUCGAUGCAUUAUAAGUGCUAAGGAAUGAAAAACUUUUAGUAUUUGAGGUCUCAGAUAAAAGUAUAGAUGCCGGUACAUUUUGUAUACUCAAUUCCAUCCAGCGCCUGGACUAAUGGAUGCAAAUGAAAAACCUUACACUUUGUAAAACCUUAAAGCUAUCAGUUAACGAACUUUGAGUUUAAUUAGCUUCUGAAUCGUGUGACAUAGAUCAGAGAAAAUACAUUGAAUAUAAAGAUCUUUAUCAUUGUUUGGAUUAAAUUAGUGUAAGUACUAUUAGAUUAAUUUGAAAUUUUAUCAAAAGAAACUAUAUGAAUGUAGUAUUUUGUUAAUAAACCCUUUACUCAUCAAAAAUUUUUUACUACAAAGUAAUUACGAGAAGUAAAUUGUUUGUUAUAAUCCACAGGAUUGAAAAACAAUAAUUUUAUUCAAAAUUUUAUAUUGAGUUAAAUAUUUGGCUCUAUUAUAUCCCAAUUAUUGAGUCUUUUUGAGUUUCGUAGUCUAUUAAAUAUUCAUUUGGGUCCUUGUUAGAUUUUUGAGUCUUAAAAGUUUAUUUUUGACAUACAUUCAUCUUGUAAGCAAUUACAAUGUUAAUUGUUAAUUAAAACUGUUAUUAUCGUU